CUAUGUCAAAUAUGUAGGUAUAGAAACAUUUUUCAAGAAGCCAAGCAGUAUUGUUUCAAAUUAAAAUAAUUCUGCUUAUUUACCUUUUAAAAUCAUCCGCAAUAAUAUUUUGUAAUCUAAUAUUGUGAAUUUGCGAGUUAGACGAAAGAUCGAUUGUUUAAAAUGGACUCGUACGAAAGUGUAAUACUAGUUAAGAAUGAGGUAUUCGUUUUUAAGAUCCCACCAAGAACUUCAAAUAGAGGCUACAGGGCAGCAGAUUGGAAUUUACAAGAGCCUCAAUGGACGGGGCGGAUGCGUUUGGUUGCGAAAGGCGAUGAUUUGAUAAUGAAGUUAGAGGACAAAACAACUGGAGAGUUAUUUGCUAAAUGUCCUGUAGAUAAAUACCCGGGUCUGGCCUUAGAAUCUGUAACUGAUAGUUCCAGAUAUUUUGUAGUUAGAAUCCAAGAUGACAAUGGGCGGAGUGCUUAUAUAGGCUUAGGCUUUGGUGAUAGGUCAGAUUCUUUUGAUCUUAAUGUUGCAUUACAAGAUCACUUCAAAUGGCUAAAGAAAGAACAAGAAGGUGAACAGUCUCAGCAGCAAAAUCUUGAUCUGGGUUUUAAAGAUGGCGAAACAAUAAAAAUCAAUAUGAAGAUUACUAAAAAGGACGGCAGUGAAGGCAGUCGUCCGAAGCGUGCAGGUGCUGCUUCUUUAGGUGGCUUGCUGCCCCCACCUCCGGGUGGUUCCCGUCUGCCCCCGCCGCCUUCGCCGCAGCACGCGCCUGCCCCUGCUGUCCCUACCCCUGCUAGUACUAACUCGGAAUGGGGAGACUUCAAUUCGGCAAGUGCCACCAAUCAGAAGCCAGUGACGCCUGCCAACCAACAGAACUGGGUGCAAUUUUAAAGGAAUUUCGACAUUAGGAAGUUAUUGUGAUUUGUUGUCUAUAUACUUAAGGCAGGUUAGUGUGUUGCACAAUACUUACAAAAUACUUAAUGUUAACUUUUAAAUUGUAUGUUCAAUCAAUAUAGUUGAAGUAUAUAAACAACCAAUAUAUCAUUGCUAGAUGUAUAACAAUAAUAUAUCAAAUAUGAAAAAUUAUAUAUCUGUAUAUGUUGUAACUCUUGUAUAAGUAGAGUUAGUAGUAGUAGGAAAGUUUGCAGCUUGAAAUAAAUUGUAUAUUGUAGUGGCAGUUACCGAACUUUGUAAAAGGGCUAUUAUGUACUACACAUACGCAAUAACAUGAGAGUUGAGUCACAUUCAAGAUGUAUCUGAUGUCUUAUUCCAUGUUAUUGUUCGGAAAAUGCAGUUAAUAAAUUAAAAAUAUUAAUGUGUUUUGAUUAGAAUGUAGCCGUUGAAGUAAUACUAUGUUAACGAGACAAUAUAUAACAAUGGAACCACAUGUCAAAGUAUAUCAAAAAAUUCAGUCAAAUUGAAGAAAAGUUACAUGUCUUAACGCAACUGUUAAGAUUUUUUUGGUCAGGUCGAUUUCAAUACAAAGUGUUGACUGGCAGUUUAUAAGUUAUGCUAUACGUUUAAUAUAAGAAAAAGUUAAAAAAAAAAAAUCGUCUCGUUGCCGUAGUAACAAAAAAAAAAAU